CAUCCCAAAGGUAGAGAAGCAGUUUUUACUACUGCAGCUUAUCGCAAUCGUAAAGGUAGAAUCACCGGAGGUCUGUCCCACCCUGUUGAAUAUCUGAGAUGACUAUUUCCUCGCCCAUCACACCGGGGCUCGCAAUUUUCGCUUUAAAAAAGCGUGCGAUACGGGACACUAUGCAAUUUACCUACCUAUGCCACCAACACUUGAAAUUCAAGCUCCUCCUUCUUCUAGCCCCCUGAAUAGCUGAGCUACAUAACCGUUUAUUUGAUAAUUGUCCGGGAUGCCCGCGCAACGCCCCCGCGCAGCUUUUGAACCGCUCUCCCCAGACCUGGACGUGAAGGCCCUAGUGGAAUCGACACCAAACUUUGAGUAUGUCACUAGAAUACACUGCAAUACUAUUGAUGCAAAUGGCUUGGACGACUUUGAAAAGCUCGUCGCACUUCUAGUCGUUCGAUUGGGAAAGCCGUUGGUCGUUGAGGGAUUCGACAAAAGGCUAGACAAUACCCUGUUCUCUGAGAAGUGGCUUAGAGGCCAUUAUUCUGCAAAGACCGAGUAUGCACGAAAUCUAAGUACGAAGACCGAUCUGCCUCUCACAAUAGGACAUUAUCUCAAGAACAUGCCGCUUCUUACCGAGCAAUGGACGGCGUACAACUACAAAGACCCUGAUCGCCAGCGCAUAUAUCUCAAAGAUAUCGAUUGCCCUCCUGAAUGGCACGAUGAAUUGAAAAAAGUUAUACCAUCGCCGGUCUUUUAUCUCAAUAAGGCCCACUCAACUGCCCCGAUUGCCAGAGCCGGUGAUCUAAUGAGCUGCCUUCCCCCGAAUGCGCGUGCAGAAAACCUCAUGUGUUACAUCGGUCACGAAGGAACUUAUACACCAGCCCAUCAAGAGAUGUGCGGCAGCCUCGGCCACAAUAUCAUGGUCGAGGCAUCGGAUGGCUCAAAUGAAUAUGGAAAGGAUACCAAGCCUGGGUCUUCUAUUUGGUUUAUGACGGAGAGCAAGGACCGCCGUGCUGUCUCUGAUUAUUGGAUGUCCACGCUUGGCCAUGACAUUGACAUCGAAGAUCAUUUCGCUCAGAUCAAUGCUUGGAAAGCGGCACCAUUCACGACAUACGUCGUCGAGCAAAAACCAGGAGACUUCAUUCUCAUCCCACCUCUGGCGGCGCAUCAGGUGUGGAACCGCGGAACGAGGACAAUGAAAGUCGCUUGGAAUCGGACCACCGUGGAGACUUUAGACAAGGCGUUACAUGAAGCUCUACCUCAUGCAAGGAUGGUUUGCAGGGAUGAGCAAUAUAAGAACAAGUCCAUAGUGUUCUACUCUCUGGAGCAUUACUCGACCGUUCUGAAGAAAGCUCAGAAGCCUGAUAUCAAUGGUCUGAAUUUCAAGAAACUAGUAAAGGAAUUCGAGCAGCUGUUCGGUCUGUACAACGAGGUACUCCUUUCCGAAUGCUUUGACAACAAUUCACCUGAGCGAGAUGUUGAGUUCAUCCCUUAUGAUAGCAAUAUCACUUGCUCAUACUGUCGUGGGAAUAUCUUCAACAGGUUCCUCACUUGUCCUAACUGCGUCGUCCCCUCAGUCUCAGACGAGGACGAUGCGUACGACAUCUGCAUGGAAUGUUAUGCGAUGGGCCGUAGCUGUGUUUGCAUAUCUGCUCUCAGGUGGGCUGAACAAUUCGAUUGGAAAGACCUCGAAGGGAAGCAUGAGGCUUGGAGGCAACAGUUAAUCAAAGCCAAGACCGAUCUUGAGCAGGUUUACUUGCCUCUAACAACACAGAGAGAGCACUUAAGCAAAAGAACGCUAGCUGAAGUCUGCCAAUUAGAGCUCAGUCGCCGGCCUUGGGUCGAUAUUAGCAAGCCAGUCAUCCAGUCUAAACCUAUGGAAGUGAAGGACAGUGAUACGGAGGACAUUAUUUCUACGCACAAAAGACGAAAAUUGUUCCGGGGUGAUCAAACAGAGAAGGCUGGGCGCUGUCACAUAUGCAAGUAUCUUGAGCCGUUGUGGAAACUUGCCUCAUGCACACAGUGCAGCAAGCAUUAUUGUUACGGCAGUCUCUAUAGGGCUUUCAACAUGCUUCCGCAUCAGACUAUGGAAGUCCUGGAUUGGAAAUGUCCUAAAUGCAUCAAGAUCUGCAGUUGUGCUGCCUGUCGCCGAGAUCCGACGAUGCGCCCUUUUGAGCCCACGUGCAUGUUACUGGGCCACGACACCCGGAAGAUUGCGGACCCGCGUAGUGUGGAAAGUCUUGUAGACUUUCGGCAUUCUAAUCUACGCUGGCUGAAGAAGGCUGCGGAUGACGAGACUUGUCGAUCCAAGGAGCACCACCACCAGCACCAAGAGAACAAGGAUGGAAAUCACGGGCAGCUGGCACCUGAGCAGAGCAUUCAGUUAGAGGAGUCCACUGCGGUGCUCCAAGCCUUGACGGAAUUUGAAGGCAUUCCUGUAGAUCCUGCUCUGGAAAGAUUACUUUUACCCGGCGGCGCAAUGCCCACAGGCCCUGGUGAUCAGUGAGUAUGAGCUACAAGCGGGCGUAAUAUCCUUUCGUAUGCAGGGUCUCCUGGACAUAUUGAAAGCAUGUUCUUAAUUAUGACCAUUGAAGCGGGCGGUCUUAUCUACUUACAUACAAG